AUUUGUGAAAGAUAGAUAGAAAUGGAAGUAGCUGAAGAAAACAAAAGAAGAGAAAUGGAUAAUAUUACAGCAAGCGAGAUAGCUGGUUUGGGGGUUGGUGUUCUUCUUCUUUCUGCCACCAUUGCUGCUCCCAAAAUCGAUGCUUUCUUCUCUACUUCUCAACGCAGCUCAUUGGGAAUGUGCAAGCGAUGUGGCAAUAUAAGAAGAUUGGCUUGCUCUAGCUGCAAAGGAACUGGAUCAGUCAAAGAAGGAGGGUUACUUAAUUUUAACCUCGUUGAUGAUUUGUAUGAAACACUCGGUAAUAGCGAAUCAUCGGUGAAGAAGAUAGCAUGUGUAAAAUGUCAAGCCAAAGGUUACUUUCCAUGUCCUAAUUGUUCUAAACUAUAAUCAAUGUGGUUUUUAUCUUCUUCAUGCACACAAUUUUGAAUCUCAACAUGUAACAUUGUGAUUAUGUUCCCUUAAGACAUGUUUGUAUAUGUAACAGCAGAAAAUCUUCUGCUAUUCUCAUGUAGAUUCACUCUCAGCCUUGUUGUAAGAACAAUUAUUACUAGAGUUCUCCUUGUUUAUCAGGAUUUCAAGUUUUUUUUUUCAUCGUCGAUAUCUCAGGAGAAAGAGAUCAAGGAUAUGUAGUAUGUUUUGUUGUGUUGAUGUAAUAUUUCACAAGUUGGAAGUCUUCAUUGCAUAGUAUUCCGACAUUUUGAA